AUGACGUCUAGCGAAACAAUAACGGCUGCGUCGGAUCAACGUAUCACCGUAUCAGCCGCACAUGAUCAAGAGACAAACACCUCAUACAAAUAUGCUGCGUACUUACCAGUCUACGACGAAACAACGAAAUUGCGCGCCACCGAACCAUUCGAGUUCAAGGAUCGCGGACUCGAUGGUGAUAAGGACAAGAAAAACUUGCUUGGUCAGGCCAGUCUGCUGUCAGCGCUUAAUGAUGCUCAGAAGAAAGACCUUGCUCUUCUGCUUGCGGAAAGGGGGGUCGUGGUCUUUCGCGGCCAAGAUUUCAAGGAUAUUGGCCCUGAAAAGCAGAAAGAGUUUGCAUCAUUUUUCGGACGCCUGCACAUCCACCCUGUCGGUGCCCAUCCACCCGGAAUCACGCUGCUGUGUCUGCUGAAAGUUCCGUCCUCGGGCGGUGACACCGCCUGGGUUUCUCAAGCUGCGGCUUAUGAACGCCUUUCCGAGCCCGUCCAAAAGCUGAUCGAAGGGCUGCGAGCGGAGCACAGUGGCUUCCCACAGGCAGAAAAUGCUCGCCGAGAUGGAAAAUUUGUGCGACGCGAACCAGUGAAGAGCGAUCAUCCCAUUGUUCGAUUUUCUGGUCAGGUCACUGGGCAAAAGGUGCUGUUCGUCAAUCCAGGUUUCGCUAAACGCAUUGUUGGGUUGAAAGACGAAGAGUCCGACGCCAUAUUGCAGCUGCUAUUCAAGCCGAUCUUCAGGUGCGAGUUAUAUGGGACAACCACCACUAUGACGCUAUGGGACAACAGAGUCACUGCCCACACCGCUAUCUCGCAUUAUGACGUCCACAAUCCAGCAGAAGGCCUCAGGCAUGGUAUUCGUCUCACCACCCUCGGAGAGAAGCCGCAAGGCAUCAAUGGGCUUGACUGUAGGUAG